CAUCCGCACGCACACGCGCACACGCACUCGCGCGCUCCUGACUGCGCGGCUGGCGAUGUGACGCGCCGCGGUGGGCUUGUGGAAUAGCGGAGUCUCGAGCGCGUGAAGACCCGGAGGAGUGCGCGUGUGCUUUUCCACGGGGAGGGAUGAAGCGACAGCGGAGGACGCCGUUGACCAUGACUGUGGAUUUUCUCACGCUUUUGUGCGCCAUCGCGGCUGUGUCAGGGAUGGAAGAGACAAUUUUGGACACACGGACUGCCACAGCUGAGCUCGGCUGGACAGCGUACCCUGCAUCAGGGUGGGAGGAGGUGAGCGGCUAUGAUGAGAACCUCAACACCAUUCGCACGUACCAAGUGUGCAAUGUGUUUGAAUCCAGCCAAAACAACUGGUUAGUGACUACGUUUGUGGAGCGUCGAGCUGCCCAGCGUGUGUAUGUGGAGAUGCGCUUCACGGUACGCGACUGCAGCAGCAUCCCACGUGUUCCCGGCUCAUGCAAAGAGACGUUCAACUUGUACUACUACCAAAGCGACCAUGUGAUUGCCACCAAGGGGGCCACAUUCUGGACAGAGGCGCCCUACCUCAAAGUGGACACCAUUGCUGCCGAUGAGAGCUUCUCUCAAGUGGACUUUGGUGGGCGCCUCAUGAAGGUCAACACAGAGGUACGCAGCUUUGGGCCACUCUCCAAAAACGGCUUCUACCUGGCCUUCCAAGACUACGGAGCAUGCAUGUCACUGCUGUCCGUGCGUGUCUUCUACAAGAAGUGCCCGAGCGUUGUGCAGAACUUCGCAGUCUUCCCUGAAACUACAACCGGUGCUGAGAGCACGUCACUGGUGAUUGCUCGUGGUUCCUGCAUCCCAAACUCAGAGGAGGCCGACGUGCCCAUCAAACUCUACUGCAAUGGCGAUGGCGAGUGGAUGGUGCCCAUCGGUGGCUGCACCUGCAAGGCUGGUUUUGAGCCUGACAACGGCAAUGUCUGUAGAGCAUGUCCUCCUGGUACAUUUAAGUCCAUGCAGGGCACGGGGCUGUGUCUGCAGUGUCCUCCCAACAGCAGGUCCACAUCUGAGGCCUCCACCAUUUGUGUGUGCAGAAACGGCUACUACAGAGCAGAUGGAGACCUGCCAGACAUGCCCUGCACCAGUGUUCCGUCUGGGCCACGGAACGUCAUGUCUGUUGUGAAUGAGACAUCAGUGACCCUGGAAUGGCAUGCACCUCGUGAAACCGGAGGCCGUAAAGACGUCGUCUACAACAUUGUGUGUAAAAAGUGCAGUGCAGAGCGGCACUCAUGCUCGCACUGCGAUGACAGUGUGGAGUUUGUGCCACGCCAGUUGGGCCUCACCGAUACUCGUGUUUUCAUCAGCAACCUGUUGGCACACACACUAUACACCUUUGAGAUCCAGGCCGUCAACGGUGUGACCAACAAAAGCCCUUACCCGGCACAGCACGUCUCUGUUGACAUCACUACUAAUCAGGCUGCUCCGUCCACGGUUCCCAUAAUGCACCAGGUCAGUUCCACCAUGAGGAGCAUCACGCUGUCAUGGCCACAGCCAGAACAACCCAAUGGCAUCAUACUGGACUAUGAGCUGCAUUACUAUGAGAAGGAUCUAAUGGAGGUUAACUCAACAGUGCUGAGGACUCAGACCAACACAGUUCGCCUGGAUGGUCUCAGGCCUGGAACAGUCUACGUAGUGCAGGUUCGAGCCAGAACAGUGGCUGGAUUCGGCAAAUACAGCAACAAGAUGUGCUUCCAGACUCUCACAGAUGAAGACUAUAAGUCAGAGUUGAGGGAACAGUUGCCACUCAUUGCUGGCUCAGCGGCAGCUGGUGUAGUCUUCCUCGUGUCUCUGGUGGCCAUUUCUGUAGUCUGCAGCAGGAAACGAGCCUACAGUAAGGAGGCAGUGUACAGUGACAAACUUCAGCACUACAGUACAGGCAGGGAACUUUCUUUGAGACCAGAUUUGUCUAACUGCCACUCCCCCAUGGGCUGCCCAACCCUGCCAGGCUCACCAGGGAUGAAGAUCUACAUCGAUCCAUUCACCUAUGAGGAUCCCAAUGAGGCUGUGCGUGAAUUUGCCAAGGAAAUUGAUGUCUCCACUGUCAAAAUCGAGGAAGUCAUUGGAGCAGGUGAAUUUGGAGAGGUGUAUAAGGGGCGUCUGAAGUUGCCGGGUAAGCGGGAGAUCUAUGUGGCCAUCAAGACUCUCAAAGCAGGAUAUUCUGAAAAGCAGAGACGGGACUUCCUGUCAGAGGCAUCAAUCAUGGGCCAGUUUGAUCACCCCAACAUCAUCCGCUUAGAGGGCGUUGUCACCAAAAGUCGACCAGUCAUGAUCGUCACAGAGUUUAUGGAGAAUGGAGCAUUGGACUCUUUUCUCAGGCAAAAUGAUGGCCAGUUCACGGUGAUCCAACUGGUGGGAAUGAUGCGAGGCAUCGCAGCGGGCAUGAAGUACCUGUCUGAGAUGAACUACGUUCAUCGGGACCUGGCCGCUCGCAACAUUCUUGUCAACAGCAACCUGAUGUGUAAAGUGUCCGACUUCGGCUUGUCACGUUACCUGCAAGAGGACACAUCUGACCCCACCUACACCAGCUCACUGGGAGGGAAGAUUCCAGUGCGGUGGACGUCUCCAGAAGCUAUUGCAUACAGGAAAUUCACAUCAGCAAGUGAUGUGUGGAGCUAUGGCAUCGUCAUGUGGGAAGUGAUGUCAUUUGGCGAGCGACCAUAUUGGGACAUGUCUAAUCAAGAUGUGAUUAACGCUAUAGAACAGGACUACAGACUUCCUGCCCCGAUGGACUGCCCCACUGCUCUGCAUCAGCUCAUGUUAGACUGCUGGCAGAAAGACCGCAAUGCUCGGCCACGUUUUACCGACAUUGUCAAUACACUUGACAAACUCAUCCGCAACCCAACGAGCCUAAAGGCUGUUGCUAACAUGCCACCCAUUCCGUCUCAGCCACUGUUGGACAGGUCUCUCCCUGACUUCAACACCUUCAGCUCAGUGGAGGACUGGCUGUCUGCUAUUAAGAUGUCUCAGUAUAGAGACAAUUUUCUCAACUCUGGCUUCACUUCCCUGCAACUUGUCGCCCAGAUUACUUCAGAAGACUUGUUGAGGAUAGGUGUGACUCUGGCUGGCCACCAGAAGAAGAUCCUGAGCAAUGUGCAGACCAUGCAGAUGAGCCAGUGCCAGUCUCCUACAGCACUGGCAUGACUACAGCAGGCGCCAGUCGACGGGCCAGGCAUUGUGCUCAGCUUGCAGGAGCGGGUGAGCACUGGCACGUCGGAGCGCGCCAGGGUUGAGACGAUCAUUCUGAUCUGAUAAAGAGACACGCAUGCGGAGACACACACUACAGAUCAGUGUGUCUAUAAAGAGAAAACAAAACAGGAAUACCUGUCUGUCUGUAUGUUCAUCUGUCUGUCUCUGGCUGUACAUACAGGAUAUCCAUCUGGCCAUUAUUAUUAAAUCAAAAACAGUCAAUCCAUUUCUUAUACCAAGGACAUGUAUACUAUAUUUGCUUCUCUUUCAGUUUGCUCAUUAUUCAUCAUGCUGAUUCUUUUCUUCUCAGUGAUUUUUAAACUGUGAGUGCAAUUGAGAACCUACUACAGAAGAAAAAAAAAACUCUUCCGAUGCACUUCUUUUUUCAUUGUUGUUGCUGUUAUAUACGUAUUUUCUUUUCUAUUGAAAGAAAAUACUGCUAUACCUCGUCCUCUGCUUCCCAGCAUCACUACCUGACAGCCGGCUUUGCCAAAGGACGUCUUGAACGGCCUGUAUGUAUAUCUUUAAAUAAAUAUAUCUCUGGAGUAAACCUUCAUAUUGAAGGUGCUUUGUAACAGAUACAUUAUGUGCAUACUUUUCUCCUGCUUGUGUUUUGGGCAAAGUGUUCAUUGCCUGGAUAAUACUGGACUUACGGUAGACUCCCAAGAAAAGGAAUUUAAUGUAGUCAAGCCGGGGAAAUUAAUUAAAGCCGAACAGGAUGCUCUUCAAAGAUUUGUGGCUGUCUAGGAGCCAGCCACUGUAUAAAUGUGAUUUAAUUGUGUAUAAACAACUUGUAGGGUAAAGCAAAUGAAAUCUUCAGGCUACCAAACUGGACAAUGUAUAUUGUAGAAGUGUCCAUGCUGAUGAACACUUAAAUGUACAGGUUCUUCUUCUUCUUCUGUUUAUGUUCUUUUUCAUCCUUUCCUUAUGAUCCUCUCUGGCUUUUUCUUGUUCCUUUGUGCUGAAGUGUUUGGCAGAGUUGUCUACGGAUGUGUGUGUGUGUGUGUGUGUGUGUGUGUGUGUGUGUGUGUGUGUGUGUGUGUGUGUGUGUGAGAGAGAGAGAGAGAGAGAGUGUGUGUGUGUGUGUGUGUGUGUUCGCUACCUAAACUCUCUGGUACAUCCAUGUUAGUGUUAUUGCACUGUUUAAUAUGCUGUACUGCUGUUCGUCUUUAAAACAGGGUCUUCAAAAGUCGCUAAUCAAGUGUUUACAUGUAUAAUGAACUGAUGAGCAUAUAGUCAGUUAGUGCUAGGAUGAUCAGCAUAAGUCUUUCUCUCGCUCUCUCUCUCUCUCUCUCACACACACACACACACACACACACACACACACACACACACACACACACACACAAAAAAAAAAAAAAACACA